UCCCGCGUUCCAGGGUGUUUCGCGGAAAUCUAGUGACUUUCGGCGUGUCACCCUGACGCAAUCGCAAACAACUUCACGCAGUUUCCCGGUUUGGACUGGAGUGUUUGGACGUAUUAUUUUAUUUAAUUUAAAUUAAUACAGCCCGAAAUGACUCAACAAACGUUACCUCCCCCAGUGAUGUGGGCCCAAAGAACCGGCGUAGUUUUUUUAACGAUAAAUUUAGAGGACUGUAAAGACCCCGAGGUUAAAUUCACUAAAGACUCUGUAUAUUUCAAAGGCAUCGGCGGUGUUGAGAAGAAAAAUUACGAAGUAACAAUCCCACUAUACAAAGAAAUAGACCCAGACAAGAGCAAAAGCUUUAAUCGGGGCCGGUGUAUUGAAAUAAUCUUAGUUAAAGCAAGUUCAGAUGAUUCGUAUUGGCCAGCAUUGACUUCUGACAAAAAGAAACACCAUUGGUUGAAAUGCGACUUCAACAAGUGGCAAGAUGAGGAUGAUUCUGGUGACGAGGGAGUUGGGGGAAUGGGAGGCAUGGGCGGUGGCGAUUUUGAGGAAAUGAUGAGACAAAUGGGGGGCCUAGGGGCCGGUGGAGACAAACCUUCUUUUGAUGAUCUGGAAGAUGGUGACGGUGCUGACUCAGACGAUGAACCUAUUCCCGACCUUGAAUAAGCACUCGAUUACUAAAAACUUCUUUCCUUUUGUAUCUUUUCAUUUGUUAAGUUAACAAUAAAGUGUUUAGUGGUA